UUUCUGGCUCUCAACUCAGGCCCCUCCUAAACUCGAAUCUGGCGACCUCGAGAAUCCCACCGUUUUUUGAAUUUCACUCCCUUAGAUCAGGCGAAGAGCCAAGGCAGGGCUUGCUUUUUGCCAAGCCCUAGCCCCAAGAAUCAGCUUUUGUCGCCGCGGGCCACCUUAGCAUGGAUGAUUACGAGAAGCUAGAGAAAAUUGGGGAAGGCACCUACGGGAAGGUCUACAAAGCACGAUGCAGGAGAACUGGACAGAUCGUCGCCUUGAAGAAAACGAGGCUUGAAAUGGAGGAAGAGGGUGUUCCUUCCACCACCCUGCGAGAAGUAGCUUUGCUCAAACUACUUUCACAGAGCAUGUACAUUGUCAGGCUGAUAGCUGUCGAGCACGUCCUCUCCAACGAAAAGCCUGUGCUCUGUCUUGUGUUUGAGUUCCUUGACACGGAUCUCAAGAAGUACAUAGAUGUCAAUGGCCGUGGCCCUGGGCUUCCUCUGGAGCCCCAUAAAGUGAAGAAUUUCAUGUAUCAAUUGUGUCUUGGAGUAUCGCAUUGUCACAGCCGAGGGGUUAUGCACAGGGAUUUAAAGCCACAAAAUCUACUUGUAGAUAAAGAGAAAGGCAUUUUGAAGAUUGCAGAUUUGGGACUUGGCCGGGCCUUCACCGUCCCGCUCAAGAGCUAUACUCAUGAGAUUGUCACCUUGUGGUACCGUGCUCCUGAGGUUUUGCUGGGAGCCAUCUACUACUCAACCCCUGUGGACAUGUGGUCUGUUGGAUGCAUUUUCGGUAUGGCGAACAGCUUUUCUCUGUUUCCUUUUGUACCACAUGCGACUUCACUGACGCAACGUUUCUCUGUCUCUCAGCUGAGAUGGCCCGCAGAGCUCCUCUGUUCCCUGGUGAUUCUGAGCUUCAGCAACUUCUACACAUCUUCAAGAUCCUUGGGACUCCGAACGAAACAGUCUGGCCAGGUGUCACAAAGUUGAAAGACUGGCAUGACUUUCCUCAGUGGCCCCCUCAAAACCUUGCACAAUUCGUCCCUGAAUUAGAUCCCCUAGGCAUUGACUUAUUAGAGAAAUGUUUGAAGUACGACCCUGCACAAAGAAUAUCUGCGAAAGAUGCUCUCAACCACCCAUACUUCGACAGCCUUGACAAGUCCCAGUUUUGAGGAUUCGUCAUCAUACAAGGCAGGCACAGUGCCUGCUGCUGUCAUUUGCAUCUAGUAACAGUAUACUGUCGAACAUGUUUAGUUAUCAUGCUUGUAUAGACUGUAUAGGGUCAUCUUCUAGAGAGUACAACUGUUAGGGGGUGUGUCAAACAUGUUUAGUUAUCAUGCUUGUAUAGACUGUAUAGGGUCAUCUUCUAGAGAGUACAACUGUUAGGUAUAUGUUUGUGUACUCUCUCUCUCUAUUUAUCAAUUUCACUGUU